GAGAGCGGUUUGCAUCACUGAGCUCCACUUGUUGAAUCAAAUGAGAGCUUCACGUUCACUCCACUCGCUCGGCGGACUCUUCUACACCUGCCUCAAACUUUUUGGAUUUUUACCCGAACAUAACCGGACCUGUCGGAACUGCAAUGAAUAUCUAUUCCGGAGGCACAUGUCGGGACCUGGCGCACUCUUGGCCUGGCAAGCCGUGACUGUGAAGCUCACUAUCAAGGAAAUUCCUUUCAAUUUCACUAUCUGGUGGUUUACACAGCUGCACAAGCUCCACUCUUCAAGCUCGAGGCCGCUUUUGCCACCCAGCGUACCCCACAAUGACACACUGUCAAUUGUAAAGGGAGGACUGACUGUCGAUGUGUUGUGAUCUGCUUUGGAUCCAUCUGGGCGUCUGUGAUUCAAAGAAGAGACUACAAUGGCCACGGAGGAGAGUCCGAACGUCUCGGACAAGCGCGCUUCACCUCCGUCUUCCGCGGUGAGAGAAAGCAGACGCUUGAACGACUGCCAGGAAGUCCAGCAGCACCCGGACCAGCUUUGGCUGCCCAAGCAGCGUAGUAGCCCCGCUCUCCUUUAUUACAGGAAGUUGUCAUGUGACAGUGAGAUUGACGCUUUGGAUUAUGGUUCUUUGGAGUACAGCCCUGAGAUGAAGCUUUAUCCAGAGCGAACACUCGACAAAAGAUUAGACGGAAUCACCUCCGAGUCUACGAAAAGUUUGGAAGGAUCUUUGAACCAGUUGGAUUUGAUACACGAGGGUGUGGGGGAAGCCAGAACUGGCUUUAACUGUUGCUCCUGCACCCAUUUUAACCGCCGUGACUCGACAAACUCGUAUCCCAGCCCGAGUUUGAGCCUCUGCUCCAGCCCCGCUCAUAGUCCGUCGCUUAGACGCCACGGCGUCUACUGGAGGAGCCGGCAACACUUUCGUCGCUGCAGUUUGCCUGUGUCAAAACAGGAUUUCCACAAGCCAUCACGAGGCUCCUCUCGACGCAGUCCUUCCAGUGAACCCAACUCCCUGGCGUCUUCCCCUUUUAGCUCCCCACUCCUUCAGCGUAACGGUCACUUUCACAGUCACGGAUACAGCUUCUCCAGCUUAGAGCGACUGGAAGGAAACACUUGCUCCUUGGAGAAAUUUUUCCAAUCCGUGACACGUGAAGAGAGGUUGACCCCGGAAAGGAGAAGGGGGAGCCGCGACGGGGGUGACGAAAGUGACGAGGGGUCCGAAGAUGAUCUCCUGGAUAACUCUGAAUUCGUCAGGAACCGUAAGGAGCGUUCCACCGUCCUGGUGAGACGCUUCUUUAAGAAUAAUCAAAAGAUGACCAAGUCGGUGUGCACCGGAACUAGAGCCAUUGUCCGGACUCUCCCUUCGGGACGCAUCUCGGAGUCGUGCUGGGACCGGGUGGUUUGUCGCCUGACGUGGCGACCUAACAAGAAGGAUAUUCUGCCAAUCUUGACUCCCCGCAAAGGAGAAGACCUCCGAAUCUGCAAAGUGAUGUUACACAACGUCUGGAUACAGAUGUGCAAGGUAGCCCAAAAUGUCGCAAUCGGGGUUGCACUCGACCUAACCCACCCUUCCAAAACGCUGCUUCCACCUUCUCAGCCCAGAUGUGGCGGCCUUCCGCUUUUUUGCCAGUCGCCGGAACUUGUCAGCGGUCGCCCACCCGGACCGGCUCGUGUCACCGUCCUUGAUUGCCACUGGAGAUCUUCUUACCCGCUCAGCUUUUAUCUUGUGUGCGGUCAGAGGACGUCUGUUUGCUCCCUUCUGACCGGCGCUCUUCUGGAAGCCACAUCCGCCCUCGGGGCUCGUUGCGCCUUACCCUGCCCGUUUGGACAGUCGCCCAACAGCAACCACGGCGUACUGAAAGAGCGUCAGCUGGCUAACAGCAUGAGCGGCGGCGGCGCCCUCCUCGCCGGCGUGAGCGGAAUUUCCAAGGAGCUGGCCGAGCUUCGGCACCUGGUGCAGUUCCCCGAAGAGAUCGCCUGCGUCCUCACCGAGCAGGAGCAGGAGCUCUACAGGCGGGUGUUGCCUUUGGACUAUCUGUGCUUUCUGACGUGUGACCUGGGCAGUCCGGAGGGUCCGAGCAGGCGGCACCCGGAGCUCAAGGCCUCGCUGUCGGCCCCCGACAUGCCCACCCAGACGGCGCAGCGCAGGAAUGCGGUGGACGACUUGGUGGCGCGCUUUAAUGAGGUGAGUUCGUGGGUUACCUGGCUGGUGCUGACGGCCAGCUCGAUGGAAGAAAAAAGGGACGUGUUCUCCUAUCUGGUCCACGUGGCCAAAUGCUGUUGGAACAUGGGCAACUACAACGGCGUCAUGGAGUUCCUGGCUGGACUCAGGUCACGCAAGGUGCUGAAGAUGUGGCAGUUCAUGGAGCAGUCGGACAUCGAGACCAUGAGAAGCCUGAAGGACGCCAUGGCGCAGCACGAGACCUCCUCGGAGUAUAAGAAGGUUGUCACCAGAGCGCUUAACAUCCCAGGAUGCAAAGUGGUGCCUUUCUGCGGGGUGUUCCUGAAGGAGCUUAGUGACGCGUUGGACGGCACGGCCAGCAUCAUCAGCCUUAAAACGCCGCCCGAUAACACGGAAGACUCGUUAGAGUUUGUGUCCGACUACAGCGGCCAACACAACUUCCUGUCCCGUGCCGGGAUGGACGGUCUUCACGUCCCGGAGAAAGAAGCCACCGUCAGCAACAUUCUGCAGAUUAUUCGAUCAUGCAAUCGGAGCUUGGAGGCAGAAGAUCCUGAUGAGGCAUCUACCACCCCGUCUUCUUCUGGUCCUACGCUAGCUUCUAGAAACAACUCCCUAAGGGACCGUUGCCGCUAUCAGUUCAUGGUGGGCGACCUGUCCGAUUCCGAAGGUGACCUGUCAUCCGAACCCGCAGCUAGCGAAAUGGAGUUUCAGGGCACGGAGGAGACACACCGAGCUUUUUGCCAUGGGACCGAGCUUAUUCCGUGGUACGUGUUGUCCCUUCAACCAGAUGUUCACCAGUUCCUGCUACAGGGAGCCACCGUUAUUCACUACGAUCAGGACAGCCACCUAACGGCCCGCUGCCUACUAAGACUGCAACCUGACAACAUCACGCUUACUUGGGGUAAGCCUCAGAGUGGUGGGGAACAACCACUAGGACUCGGACAAACUGUGGUAGCAGGACUAGCGGAGGGUCUGCUGGACCUCGGUUUGCUGAAGGCUGUGUUCCUUGGUCACCAGGGAGUGGAUGUCCACGCUGUUUGUUUGCAGAACAAACUGAGCCAGAUGACAGUGGAGGAGAACGGCCUCAGCCUGCUCUAUGGCCUCGGUACCACCGACAACAGACUCCUACACUUUGUGGCCCCCAACUACACUGCACAAAUGCUCUACAAGGGUCUCUCAGAGUUGGUCAAUGCGACCAGGAAGUUGAAGAAGUUUCCAGAUCAGCGGUUGCAGUGGCUCCGGAGGCAGUACGUCAGUCUGUAUCAGGAGGAGGGUCGAUACGAAGGCCCGACGUUAGCCCAGGCCAUUGAGCUCUUCGGCGGGCGCAGGUGGAACAUGGGUGCCAAUGGAGGGGAUAAAUCCUGCACCCCGAAAAGCAGUCCUCUCGGGAUUAAUGAAAAAACUAAGAAGAAGAAAAAGGCCCUUGUUAGGGGAGACAGUGGGGAUGCCACAGAUGAUGAGAUGGUUUCCAGGAAAACGCAUAGCUGUAAAGAAGGGUUUUAUCGGAACGGACCAGAGUCGGACAGCAUAGACCAAGACGAUCCAGAUGACAGCUUCCCUGGGCCGUUCUCGCUCUCGUCCAAAGGAAGUCCUGGACUCCUCGCUUCUUCUUCCUCAUCUUCCUCUUCUUCCAGUAUGGCCAGCUCCAACCAAUCCCGCCAGCAAUCCUCUCCAGUUCUUUCAGGGACUACCAAGACUCUGCAAGGGGCGUGGAGCAGCAGGUCGUGGCACGGUCGCGGCAAAGGCUGUUUUAAAGGCUUCCAGAACCUCAUGAUAUCCGACAGUACCAUGAGCUUCAUCGAGUUUGUGGAGCUCUUCAAGUCCUUCAGUAUCCGGAGCAGGAAGGACCUGAAGGAGCUUUUCGACACAUUCGCCGUCCCUUGCAGUCGUUUCUCUCCAGAGUCUGCUCCUCUGUACACCAACCUGAAGAUUGACGACAGGGACGCGGGGCUUCAACCAGACCUCGACCUCCUGACUCGGAACGGCUCGGACCUUGACCUCUUCAUCCGGAACAGGCAGCAGAUGCCUGAAAACCAGAAGCAGAUCUCGGAUGCUAUUGCCGCCGCCAGCAUCGUGACCAAUGGGACGGGAGUGGAGAAUGCAUCACUAGGCGUGUUGGGCUUGGGCAUACCUCAGCUGAAUGAUUUCCUGGUCAACUGUCAGAGAGAGCACUUGAGCUACGAUGACAUUCUCAGCAUUAUACAAACAUUUGAGCCAUCAUCAAACAUGAGGCUAAUGGGCUGGAUGUCAUUCGAAGGCUUCGCAAGAUUCCUCAUGGACAAGGAGAACUUUGCCUGUCGUAACGAAGAAUCGCAAAUAAACCCCGAAGAGCUCCAGCACCCUCUGUCCUACUACUACAUUGAAUCAUCACACAACACAUACUUGACCGGACACCAGCUCAAAGGAGAAUCCUCUGUUGAGCUUUAUAGUCAGGUGCUGCUACAAGGCUGCAGGAGUGUGGAGCUGGACUGUUGGGACGGCGAUGACGGCAUGCCAGUCAUCUAUCACGGACACACGCUCACCACUAAAAUCCCUUUUAAGGAUGUGGUGGAAGCAAUUAACCGCUCUGCGUUUGUCAACUCUGACAUGCCGGUUAUCCUGUCCAUUGAGAACCACUGCUCCCUACCCCAGCAGCGCAAGAUGGCCGACAUCUUUAAGACGGUGUUCGGUGAGCGUCUGGUGACGCGCUUUCUCUUCGAGGGUGACUUCAGCGACGACCCUCACCUGCCGUCGCCGCUGCAGCUUCGCGGGAGGAUCCUGCUGAAAAACAAAAAGCUCAAAGCUCACCAGGCGCCAGUGGACAUAUUGAAGCAAAAGGCUCACCAGCUGGCCCACUUGCAAGCCCAAGCUAGCAAUGGGUCACCAGGUGGCGCCUCGCCCGGAAGCCACGCAAACGAAGAAGAAGAUGAAGAUGAAGACGAGUACGACUACGACUACGAGUCCUUAUCUGAUGAUAACCUCCUGGAGGAAAAAGCGGAAGGGAAGAGCUCGGCGGACAAAGAGGAGCAGCCUGUCGACGAAGCGCCCAAGCGGAUGAAGAAGGUUGACAGCAGCACUCAGAGUAAAGGAAAGGUGUUCGACAUGGAGCUGGGCGAGGAGUUCUAUCUCCCUCAGAACAAGAAAGAGAGUCGGCAGAUCGCGCAAGAGCUUUCCGACCUCGUCAUUUACUGCCAGGCCGUCAAAUUCCCAGGCUUGUCCACGCUGUCGCCGUCCGGCUCGGGCAGGGGGAAGGACCGCGGAAAGAGCAGGAAGUCCAUAUUCGGCACGGCUCCGGCCCGCAGCGGCGCCACGGGGGAAGUCGACGGGCAGAAUCGCCCGUCCAGGAAAAGUGGCGCUGAGCGGCUGAGCUGGGAAGAGCAGCAACAGCAGGCGUCGCCGGCGCUCAACCCGCCGACGUCGCUGAGCGCCAUCAUCCGCACGCCCAAGUGCUACCACAUCUCGUCGGUGAACGAGAACGCAGCCAAGCGCUUGUGCCGGCGAUACUCGCAGAAGCUCAUCCAGCACACGGCUUGCCAGCUUCUACGCACGUACCCGGCCGCUACCCGCAUCGACUCGGCUAACCCAAACCCGCUCCUCUUCUGGCUGCACGGCAUCCAGCUGGUGGCGCUCAACUACCAGACGGACGACCUUCCCAUGCAAUUGAACGCGGCGUUGUUCGAAGCUAACGGUGGCUGCGGCUACGUCCUCAAGCCGCCCGUGCUUUGGGACCGAAGCUGCCCUCUCUACCAGCAGUUCUGCCCCACCGAAAGAGAUGUGGAGGGAAGCGCCCCGGCUGUUUACACCAUCACUAUCGUGUCAGGUCAGAACGUGUGCCCGGCCAACGGUUCCGGCAGCCCGUGCGUGGAAGUGGACGUCCUGGGCACGGCGGGCGACAGCUGCCACUUCCGCACUAAGCCCAUCCAUCGUAACACACUUAACCCCAUGUGGAGCGAGCGCUUCCAGUUCAGCGUGCACUUUGAGGAUCUGUGCUUCCUGCGCCUUGCCGUGGUGGAGAACAACAGCUCGCAAACAACCGCGCAGAGGAUUCUACCCCUCGGGGCCCUUAAAGCAGGCUACAGACACGUGCAGUUGAGGACGCAACACAACGAAACCAUGGAAGUGUCCAGCUUGUUCAUCUACAGCAAACGGGUGGAAGAAACUCCAGCAGGGGGCGCUUGUCCUUCGUCACAGUUGUUCAGUCCCGAGGAGAAGCACGCUUCCCAACGGCACAGAGUGACCAUACACGGCACCCCUGGAUCAGAACCGUUCGGCGUGUUCUCCGUCACAGAACACACAACGAGCAAACAACUAUUGGACAUGAUUUCCGAGGGAAACACGGCCGAUUACUUCCUCUGCGAGGAGAAGCUUCUUUUGUCCAAGGAGCGGGGUGAGAACAAGCGCUGCGCUCAGCGGCGGCCCCUCAGUCCUGACGAGACGUUGGUGCGGGUGGUCUCCGGAUGGGACGCCGAGGAUGGCUACGUGGGGAGAAUCUGCCUCCAAACCAGAGAGGAGAAUCUAAACGAGAAGAACGCAGUGACCGAAGGUGAGGAGGAACUGACCACCGGAGGAAGCAGCGGCGGAGAUGAGGACAUGUUCUUGGUCCAAGUGCACGAGGUGUCCCCAGAGCAACCUCACACGGUCAUCAAAGCGCCGCGCUACAGUUCCGCACAGGACAUCAUACAGCAAACUCUAAUCAAGGCCAAGUAUUCGUAUAGCAUCGUGUCCAACCCCAAUCCUAGUGACUACGUCCUCAUGGAGGAGGUCGGGAAGGAUGCCGGCUCCAAGAAGUCGUCCGGCGCUAAACCCGCGCAGCGAGUUCUUUUGGAUCACGAGUGCGUGUAUCACGCGCAGAGUCGUUGGAAGGGCGCCGGGAAGUUUAUUCUUAAGCUCAAAGAGCAGGUGGCACGCGAGGACAAGAAAAAGGGGAUAUCGUUCGCCAGCGAGCUGAAAAAGUUAACCAGUCGUGGGCGCAGCAUGACGACGGGCGCGGCGGCCACGGCGGAAGGCUCCGCCCACAGUAAGGAUGAGAAAGCGGCAUGCUGCGUGGCGCUCACCGAGCUGCACGAGUGAGACUGCACGCUGCUCUGUGCAUGGCGAACAUGCAACAGAGUGGUCUACUUUUUCAGGGUAUCUAUGUGUGAAGGCGCAGACAUCUUCGUCGUUCAACAGAGGGCAGCAAAAAGCAGACUCCUGCCUCUCCUCGCCUCUCGGCCCUCCCGCCGCAUGGAAGCGUCACAUCCUUCAAAACUGGAAGAUCCACAAAUGAAAACCCCCCGGAGAGCGAUGGAAAUCAUUGUCCCCGCCCUCUUUUCUUAAAGGACCGAGCAAAAAAAAACAGAUAAGCGGCUCAGUGCUUGAGGGUGACGAAGCGACGAGAUGAGGAAGAAACGUUUGGAGAUGAGAUACUUUAUUUCCUGUACUGUAAGAGCACAUUUUGGGUUGCAAAGGGACGAAGGUUUUGAAAAAUGCACAUUUUAAGGCAAAGCAUUACACUAAAUGUAGCGCUCAAGGUGGCCAGUCGUUAUUGGAUUUUGCAGUUACUGACAAGUGGAGAAUUGUUUUUCGCCCAAAAUGUAGCACAAUAGAUUUUUGUUUUUCUUUUUUUAAUUUCUUGUAUAGUUGUGACUUCACUGGCAGACUAACUUACUCCCGAGCCGCAUGUGGCUUUUUUUUUGUAAUCCUCCUGCUGUGAAUUUGAAGGCGGCCAAUGAGUUAAUAGUACAUCUUUUUUGAUAAAUACUAUGUCGGAGGUCAGUUUUAGGGCCCAACCUAGCGAAACAUGACGCGUCAAGGUCUUACCUCCUUGAUACCUGAAUUUACAUUUUACAUAAAUACAUCAAAAAGCAUUAGGGGAAUACAUAAAAGUACAUAAAAAUAGUAAUAAUUAAAAACAAGAAAACCUAAAUAUAGAAGUUUAAAUGGAAAAAUACAACAAAAAUUUUGAAAAUUUAAUACUUCAUCCAAAAAAAAAAAAAAAAAUUACAAAAAUAGAAAAACACAGAGAAUCAAAUAAGACAUUUUAAAAAAUAUAUAGAGAAAUAAAUAUUUGAAAAUAUGAAGAUUACAUAAAAAGGAAGAAUUUUUAAAA